GCAGUGGCGGCGGGCGGAGCGAGGGCAGCGAGAAACUCUGGCUUUUCCGGACCGAGCUGUGGCCGCCGCAGCUCUCUGCACCCGGGCGCAGGAGUCUCAAGACAGAGGGAGGGGUUAGUGCCAGCCACUCUCCGAGCCUGGAGAAAGGGGCGCCCCGGCCCCCCCCAAGCUGGAAUCACACUGCUCAGCAGAAUUUCUGCACUUAGCUGGGAUCCCAGUACUGCGGGGGGUUGACAUGUGCAGCUAGCGGGCGGGCUUUGACAGGUAGACGUCUCAUCCAAGUAGAGAGAAGCAACGAAAAUUGUGUCCGGGACCAUGACAACUUCCCGCCUGGAUUUUGGGGAGGUGGAAAGUUUCCUGGACAGGCACCCAGAAUUAUUCGAAGAUUACUGGAUGCGGAAGGGGAAACAGGAGAUGGUGGAGAAGUGGCUGCAGAGGCACAGAGAGAGUCAGGGGGCCGUGAGUCCGAGGUCCACACCGCUUGGCACCACCAGCUUGACUGACGAUGGCGGCAGCAGCAUUGGUAGUGGCGUGGCACAAAAUGACUCUGACAAUAGCCAGGCCACCCCUGGGAACUGUGGUGGGGCUGCCCUGAGUACCAGCUGGGCCGGCGGCAAUCCGGGCAAUGAGAACCUGCAGCGGAGAACUUCUCAGAAAGAGCUGAGGAAGAGUUUCGCUCGCUCCAAGGCCAUUCAUGCGAACAGGACCUACGAUGAACAGGUGACCUCUCGCUCCCAGGAACCCCUGAGCAGUGUGCGCCGGAGAGCGCUUCUCCGCAAGGCCAGCUCCUUGCCGCCCACCACAGCCCACAUUCUCAGCGCCCUGCUGGAAUCAAGGGUUAAUCUGCCUCAGUACCCCCCUACUGCCAUGGACUACAAGUGCCACCUCAAAAAACACAACGAGCGUCAGUUCUUCCUGGAACUUGUCAAAGAUAUCUCCAAUGACCUUGACCUUACCAGCCUGAGCUACAAGAUCCUCAUUUUUGUCUGCCUCAUGGUAGAUGCUGACCGCUGUUCUCUCUUUCUGGUUGAAGGGGCAGCUGCUGGCAAGAAGAGCUUGGUCUCCAAAUUCUUUGAUGUCCAUGCAGGAACUCCACUGCUCCCCUGUAGCAACACAGAGAACUCCAACGAGGUGCAGGUCCCCUGGGGCAAAGGCAUCAUUGGCUAUGUGGGGGAGCAUGGAGAAACGGUCAACAUUCCAGAUGCCUACCAGGAUCGAAGAUUCAAUGAUGAAAUCGACAAGCUAACUGGCUACAAGACAAAAUCAUUAUUGUGCAUGCCUAUCCGAAGCAGUGAUGGUGAGAUCAUUGGUGUGGCCCAAGCAAUAAAUAAGACUCCUGAAGGUGCUCCAUUUACAGAGGAUGAUGAAAAGGUUAUGCAGAUGUAUCUCCCAUUUUGUGGAAUUGCCAUAUCUAAUGCUCAGCUAUUUGCUGCCUCAAGGAAAGAAUAUGAAAGAAGCAGGGCUUUGCUAGAGGUAGUUAAUGACCUCUUUGAAGAACAGACUGACCUGGAGAAAAUCGUCAAGAAAAUAAUGCACCGGGCCCAGACUCUAUUGAAGUGUGAACGCUGCUCGGUUUUACUUUUGGAGGACAUUGAAUCACCAGUGGUGAAGUUUACCAAAUCCUUUGAAUUGAUGUCCCCAAAGUGCAGUGCUGAUGCUGAGAACAGUUUCAAAGAAAGCUUGGAGAAACCAUCAUACUCUGACUGGCUUAUAAAUAACAGUGUCGCAGAGCUGGUGGCUUCUACGGGCCUCCCGGUGAACAUCAGCGAUGCCUACCAGGACCCUCGCUUUGAUGCUGAGGCUGAUCAGAUAUCUGGUUUUCACAUAAGAUCUGUUCUCUGCGUCCCUAUUUGGAACAGUAAUCACCAAAUAAUUGGAGUGGCUCAAGUAUUAAAUAGACUUGAUGGGAAACCCUUUGAUGAUGCAGAUCAACGACUUUUUGAGGCUUUUGUCAUCUUUUGUGGCCUUGGCAUCAACAAUACAAUUAUGUAUGAUCAAGUGAAGAAGUCCUGGGCCAAGCAGUCAGUAGCUCUUGAUGUGCUGUCAUAUCAUGCAACCUGUUCAAAAGCUGAAGUUGACAAGUUUAAGGCAGCCAACAUCCCUCUGGUGUCAGAGCUGGCCAUCGAUGACAUACAUUUUGAUGACUUCUCUCUUGACGUUGACGCCAUGAUCACAGCUGCUCUUCGGAUGUUCAUGGAACUGGGGAUGGUACAGAAAUUUAAAAUUGACUAUGAGACACUGUGUAGGUGGCUUUUGACAGUGAGGAAAAACUACCGAAUGGUUCUGUACCACAACUGGAGACAUGCCUUCAACGUGUGUCAACUGAUGUUUGCAAUGUUAACUACUGCUGGGUUUCAGGAGAUUCUCACUGAGGUGGAAAUUUUAGCCGUGACUGUAGGAUGCCUGUGUCAUGACCUCGACCACAGGGGAACCAACAAUGCCUUCCAAGCUAAGUAA